AUGGCUCAUUCAAAGCGCAACACCUCACUGCCACAUUUUACGUCCUACGAACGAUCCCUUCUACGCUCGACCUGGGGAUCCCAAAGCACUCGACUAUCCCGCGAAUCCUUUCUACCUUUUUCUUCAUGCAGACUGUGUCUUCUUCCAGCUCGUGAACCAGUCGUCGCGUGCGCCACUAAUGGCGAUCUUUUCUGCCGAGAAUGCGCCGUCAACGAUCUCCUUGCACAACGAAAGGAAAUAAAGCGUCUGGAAAAGGAACGGGAGAUUGCUCAACAAGAACGUGAUGAGGAUCAAGAACGAUUGGCUGCCGAAGCGCGAGAUCGAGAGCUGAAGGAGUUCGAGAUGGUGAGCAUGGGCCUUGAGGAGAGGAAGAUGAAAAGGAAACGGGAACUAGAAGAGAGAAGGCAGGAGAAUGAGAAAUCUGAGAAGGAUGGUGAUGGUUCUCCGGGUAAUCUGGAGAUAAAGAAGAGGCGUAAGGAGGGCUUUGAAUUAGAUGAAGAGGAGAUGCGAAAGAUAGCGAUGGAGGAACGAGAGAAGAUGAUGAAAAAGAUUGAACGGGAGAAGGCAGAAUCAUCGAAAUCUCAACUUCCCUCCUUCUGGGUACCAUCAUUAACACCAUCUGUUGCUGAAAGUGGAGAUGACUCAAAGUCGACAAAGCUGAACCCCAUAUGCCCUGCAUCAACAUCGCAGAACAAACAUGGCUACUCUCUAAAGGGGUUGGUGACUGUUCAUUUUACAGAAGAAAAGGAUGAUAAGACAGGAGAUAUGGUCCGCAUAUGUCCAAGUUGCAAGAAGGCUCUCAGCAAUGGACUCAAGGCUAUUCUCGCCAAGCCUUGUGGGCAUGUUAUUUGCAAACGCUGCGUCAACCAGUUUAUGACUGCGGAUAAAGGCGCAGACCCACACUCUACAGACCCAGCUGAGGUAGACCGUAUAGGAAAGGUGUUUUGCUAUGUAUGUGAAGCCGACUUGACAAGCAAGAAAGGGGGCAAGGAAGGGAAGAAAGAGAAAGAAAAGAUACGGCCUGGUUUGGUGGAAAUAUCGUCGGAAGGUACAGGAUUUGCUGGCGGCGGGAAGAACAUGGCCUCUAAGUCUGGGACAGCUUUCCAAUGUUAA